AUGGCAACAGCGCCCGUUCUUUCUCUGUUUUCUUUCCUAUUUCAUCGUUUUCUUCUCCUUAUAUUUUCUUUAUCUUUUUUUUUCUUUUCGUCUUACUUUUCUCUUUCUUUCUUUUCUCUUUCUUUCUUUCUUUUCCUCUUCCUUUUCUUCUUUCUUUUCCGCUUUCUUUUCCUAUUUCUUUUUUUCUUUUCUUUUUUCUUGUUUCUUUCUUUUCUUCUUUCUUUCCUUUCCGCUUUUUUUCUUCUUUCUUUUCCUCUUUCUUUUCUUCUUUCAUUUCUUCUUUCUUUUCCCCUUUCUUUUUCUUUCUUUUCCCCUUUCUUUUCCUCUUUCUUUUCUUCUUUCUUUUCCUAUUUCUUGUCAUUCUUUUUUUUUUUUUUUUUCUUUCUUUUUUUCUUUCUUUUUUUAUUCUUUCUUUUUCUUUUUUUUUUUCUUUUUUUCUUUCUCUUUUCUUUUUUUUUUCCUUUUUUUUUCCUUUUUUUUUUUUCUUUCUUUUCCUCUUUUUUUUCUUCUUUCUUUUCUUCUUUCUUUUCCUCAUUAUUUCAUCUUUGCAAUUUUUUAAAAUUUUAUUUAUUAUAUCUAUCAUCCCUCAACCAAUUUGGUUUGAACCUAUAUAUUUGUCCCUUUGCAUUUAUCUAUCUAAAUUUCUAUCUAUCUAUCUAUGAAAUAAGAAUUUGGUUUAAACCUAUAAAUUUUCUUUUUCUCUCUCUUUUCUUUCUAUCUAUCUAUAAUAAUAAUCUAAAAUUUUUUUGA